GACGCGAGCAGGCGGAGUGAACGUUAAAGCGUCCGGUUAGCUGUUUGCUAGUUUUUAGUCCAUUUAUACGUCUUAACGGUUUUAAUACAGAUUUUAACGUUUGUUUUAAUGAGAAUCCGCGGGUAAAGUGAUAGAAAUAUGCAGAAUUGUGCGGUAAUGGAGUUUAAAAACGAAACUAAACCAAACACAGAACCAUGCUAACUAGCUAACAGCUAACUAGCUAAUAAGCUAAUAUUUAGUAAACAGCAGGUAAAAAUGGCGGAUGAGGAUUUCUUGCUGGCUUUGCAGCUGCAGGAACAGUUUGAUAAGGAAGUGUCGGCUGUGUGGAGCGACGACAACACUGACAGCUGUCCUGUAAGCAAAAAGCGUAAAGUGGAGACGUGUGACUUUAGUGUGCGGUCGUGUGACUUUAGUGUGGGGUCGUGUUCACGUCCUGACAGCCUGUCUAUAGUGGACGAGUCGUGGGAGAUGCUGGACCCCAAUCCAGAUGUUCGUGCCAUGUUCCUGCAGUUCAACGAGAUGUUCUUCUGGGGGAAACUCAGCGGGGUUGAAGUUAAAUGGAGUCCUAGGAUGACUCUAUGUGCCGGCGUGUGCUCGUACGAAGGCAGAGGAGGUCUGUGUUCGAUCCGUCUCAGCGAACCUCUUCUAAAACUCAGACCUCGGAAAGACCUGGUGGAGACGCUCCUGCACGAAAUGAUCCACGCCCUGCUGUUCGUGACGCAGAACAACCGAGACCGGGACGGACACGGACCAGAGUUCUGCAAACACAUGAACCGAAUAAACCAAGCCAGUGGAACCAAAAUCUCAAUCUAUCACUCCUUCCAUGACGAAGUGGACGUGUACCGGCAACACUGGUGGCGCUGUAACGGGCCGUGUCAGAACCGCAAGCCGUUUUUCGGCUACGUGAAGAGGGCGAUGAACCGAGCGCCGUCACACAGAGACCCGUGGUGGGAGGACCAUAGGAGAACGUGUGGAGGAACGUACACUAAGAUCAAGGAGCCAGAGAAUUACGGGAAGAAGGGGAAGAGCGAGGAGGAGAAGAAAGACAAGAAUGCGUUGAAGAAGUCUGGGGGCAAAAUGAAAGCAGCUGGAAGCACUGAAGGCUCACGUUCUCAGGACAUCAGGAACGUCAUCCCUUUCAGCGGUAGAGGUAUCGUUCUGGGUGGCAGCACACAGCCGUCAGCACCCGUACAGAACCCGCCCAUCCAAAGUCCCACCCGCUCACCGAAACCUCUACAGGAACCGGUUCGAACUUCACCAGCUGACCUCAGAUCACCCUACAGCAGCACCACCGCUCUUCCUAAAAAGUCCAUCAGCAACCACAAAGCCUUUGUCAACAUCAACGGUUCUCCUGUCAGAGUCACAAAGACCAACGGCAGCUUAAUGAGACCGAAACAGACCACGGUUCAGGAUCUUUUCAAGACCGCAAUCCUGAAAUCACCAAAGAAAACGAAUCCGUCAGAACCAAAGCGAGUGUCUGAUACGCCAGCAUUAGAAACUGCCUUAAAUCUAAACUCUGCUAAAACUGGCAUGGUUAAUAAGAGCUCCUCAAACAUCUCAGGUUCUGCUGGAUCACCAUUUUCUAAAUACUUUGUUAGUGCUAAGAGCACCGGAACCGGAUCUCCAGGUCAGAUCAAACCAGGAAACGCUGCUCCGGGAUUCACUUCAUGGAACUUCAGAAGCAGCAAAGGUUCUGCAUCUGCAAGCUCAGGUUCUGGUCCCACCUCUACCAACAUUCCAACUUCUAAUUCUAUACACUCUGAAAGCCUCAGACAUCCAGGCACGUAUUCUACACAGUUCGGCAGCCCCAAAGGACCCGGAAGUGAAAUUCGAGGUUUCAGUUCUACAACGUUUAUCAAGUCAGAAUCGAGUGUUUCAAAUUCCAGUUCAAGACAGUUUGGAAGCCAGAACAUUUCUGGAACUGGAUCGUCAGCUUCUCCCAGCAUUCCAAGCUCCAAUUCAAGACUCUCAGGAAGUCCAGAGAAAUCCGGAUCCUUCAUGUCCACCUCCAGAAGUCCUCACAGACCAGGAUCUGCUGCUGGAGGGAGGAAAAGAUGGCGAGAAGACAGGAUUUCUGCACACAUCUUUGAUUUCUUCCAGCGAUCUUCCCCUUCUUCCUCCUCUUCCUUGGUCUCCAGGGAGCAUAUAGAGGAAAGAACUGGUGCUGUGUUGUCUGCAGGGGCAUCAGGAGUGGGUAAUACCCUCCACAGCUCUGCUGCCCUCACUGUGACCUGCCCUGUGUGCCAGAGCAAAGUGCCCGAGUCCCAAAUUAACCAACAUCUCGACUCCUGUCUGACGUGACCAUAAUAGAAAAGCCUGGACAGUUAGUAUGUCUCUUUUGUGUGUGUGUGUGUGGUAAAACACUCAGGACUGCUGUGUGGAAUAACACAAAGACACAAAGGGUUUUAUUUAAAAACUGACAUUCAGUUCAAGCUUCUCUGAAUCUGAAUUGGAGUAAAUUAGAAUAUUUUAAUAAUCACACAAGCAAAAAGGUUGCGUGAAAGCAGAGAAGGUCGAAAACGUCUUCGUUAAGGUCAUUCAUUAGUCAGAAAUGCAGCGAAGGUACAGUAUAACAAACAUAACAUAACGAAUCGUUUCCUACAGUCGAGCCGAUUCAGAGUCAACUCGUUUUCUCACUGCAGUGAAGUUCACCUUGAAGUGUGGGUUCCACCCAAAUGCUGAUGGUGUGAAAUUACCAAAGAUCGAUCAAUCUUUUUUUUUUUUUUUUUUUUUUUUGCCCCAGAGAGCAUCAGGUUCAUCACUGAGCAAGUGUCCUGAUUGGACAGCCUCGCAGUGAUCGACAGCACCAAGACAUCCGUUUUCAAAUAUGGUGCUUCAGCGUUAUCGGAUUCCUCUCCAUCUGUCGUAGUCAGACCAGAGCUCGGGUAUUUCAACAAAUCAUCAAUAACUCUCCUGCGCCGUCAGGGCGCGCUUCAGCUCAACUCCACCCUGAAGCAUUAUCAUGUCUCCUUAAUACUAUUCAGUGAAUCAGAGAGGAAAAUGACUCCCAGGUGACACACACAUCAUUUUUUCCAGGUGUGACUUCAGCAUGUCAGAGAAUACAUGAUUCAUGACUAGUGAUUGUUUCCCAGCUGUUUUAGUGUUAUUAAAUCUUCUUGUUCAACACACAAGCUUUUAAUUGAGAUGUUAUGACGGUGUUGCUGUUUUCAGCGUCAUGAUAAUAGGUCAGUUAUUACAGAUAUUUAGUUUUAUUGUCUGGACAAGAUGCUGCUAAUUGUUACUCAUGUUUUUUAAGGAAAACGAUUCCAAUAGCUGAUCUAGAACACAGUGCUAUAAUUUAUACUUCCUGUUUCUUUAGAUUUUUGUAUCAAGUCUGAAUAAAUAUUUCUUCUAACUCUAA